CUCAGAACUAAAUCUCGCAUUCCCUUUUAGCAACUGUUUUUCGACGGGUAUUUUGCUCUUGAUAGAUCAGUCUACUUCUAUCAAAUUUACAGCGAGGAGAUGGAAUCAAGCGCUGGAAAUGGGACUGACUUGAUGGAGAAUUCGGGAGUUGCCGAGACAGGAUUCGAUUCCAGUCAGAUUAUCGGAGCUACAGCAGGGCUAGCUGGUAUUCUGGGCAAUGGUCUGGUCUGCUUCGUCAUGCUCAGGUAUCGUUCAGCUUUCAGCUCUAUCACCAAUAAGCUGAUGCUUCACCAGUCCAUCGUGGACUUCUCAUUGUCCACAGUGAUGCUCAUCACCCGGCUGUACACCCCAUGGGGCCAGUUUUACUGCCGUGUCCCUCGCGGUUGGCUUUAUUGGGGCCUUGCGAAUGUCUCCACUUUUAGUCUGAUGCUAAUCUGCUGCGACCGUUACGUGGCAGUUUGCUACGCCGUCAAGUACCGCAAAUGGUUCUCCGCCAAGCGGGUCAAGAUCGGUCUGCUUUUUGUGUGGCUGCUCCCGGUACUCUGGCAGUCCUAUCUGGUCUUAGUCCACCUGCCUGACGGAGCUUCCUGCGUGGCUAUCUGGCCCAACGACACUGCCAGACUCAGCUUCGGAGUGGCCACAUUCUGCUGGGAGUACGUCUUGCCUCUGGCUCUGAUCGUCGUCACUUACAGCCAGACAAUUCUGGCUCUUCGUAAACGGCUUCGGGUGAAGGCGGAGCAGGCGGCGACUGAACCGUCGGCCAGCCACUCCCGCAACGCCGGCAACAAGGCAAGGAAGGAUCCUCUGCAGACUGCCAAGGUGAGGCUGACUAUAACCUUCCUGGUCGUAGCCAUCUUCUUUGUCAUCUGCUGGGGUCCCACAGAGAUCACGUGGCUGCUCUUUAAUUUCGGAAUCCUGCCUGGGUCUUAUUACGCCUCUUUGUGGCACCUGGGUCUGGAGACGCCUCUCCUGUGCAUCAAUACCUGCGUCAAUCCCUUCAUCUACUGUAUCACGUAUACUCAAUUUCGCCGUCAUCUUUGCAAAGCUUUCUGCGGAGGGUGCAAGUCCAACAAAGUCAAGGAUACAUCUGUUGAGGUUUUAACCGAAAACACCUCAGAUCCUCUUCAGUCGACGAGGGGAAAAGGUCCAUCAACGGCCACUGAAGUGAACACCUAAACGAAUUCAUGGUUCGAUGCUAUAUUCGUCUUUGAAUGACAACUUGCAUACCCGAGACUAGACAUGCACAACCGAAAACAAUAGAAUCGCACCUGUCGUCUCGCAGGAUGGUUUGACUGAUAGAAUCGAAGAACUGUAAAUUUGACUGAAGUCUGUGACACUGAUUGGCUAUUCAUCGUCACUCUUACCAUCACAAUAACGAACACACCUCCAUUUGCACAGUUCAGUGCGUAUGCUUGGUUUUUUUUUCCGAAAGUGGCUGAAAUGAUGCUGUGUACAGAAUGGGUGGGCUACCAUCUCGUCUAAGAGAUAUACGUAUACUGUUACAUUGUUGACAAUUGCACGCACCGAAAAUUCACAGGUUUGACAAGAUGAAACGUAAAAGGUACAUAUGAUCAUAUGCUCUCCGUCCAUUUUUGUUCACUCAAAACAACAAUAUUGCUAACAAGUGUAUAAAGUAAGAUGCAUAUAUUAAACAACAAACUGUUGAAGUUUUAGCUCCGUGGCUAUACUAAAACGUAAGAGCAAUAUUUUGGGGGUUAUAGUGACUGGAUUUCGUUACAAAAGCACGUAAAUAGUGCGCAUGCGGGCACACUUUUAAAAACACCUUCACGAUCGAAAUCAAUUCUGGAGGAAUAUUUCACAGGGUUUUGGGGACUCACCCAAUCGUCACUUUGAGCAUGGCACAUUUACCAAGACAGAAAACUCAAGUUGGUAAUUGGGGGGUUUCAAGGAAAAUGUAUAAAAGUACACUGUAGGGGGAGCUUGUAAACGUCCGUAUGAUAGUUAAAAUUAAAGAUAGUUCGUUUUACGGACUUUGAAGCACAUUAAUUAUAAACGAUCACUUGGGCUCGCAAGCAUAACAAAUUAACAGAUGAUGGGUGAUGAAAAUGAAAUAAUUCACUUUUAACGAGAAGUUUGCGAACAUCGCUCGGUCGUGAUUUCUCUUAGAGAAAGGCUGAAUAUUGGCUAGAAUUGAAAAACAAUCGAGUACAGUAUACUUGACAAUAAUUGGUCUUUGAACACUAAUGGUUAUAAAUGUCUAAAUCUCACUCACGGAAAUAGAGUACUUGAAUUCAAUUGUGAAGUUAGUCCGUCUCAAAACAUGAACUUAAGGUCGAGAGAUUCUCAAAUCACACUGCCAGACUGACACAUUCGUAUAUACUCCAUUCCUUAAUUAAAGCCUUUUUACACUGCAAAAUCUGCGGUGUAAAUUGAAGCCGGUGACCAAAAGCGAGCCGCUGUGUUGCACUUUUUCGGAGGUGGGUAACGAUUGAAACAAAAAUGUUUGAAUUAGAGGACAUGUUUAAGAAAUCAGUUAGCAAGAAAUUCUUUACUGCUUCAGAUACAUUCCCGGUGAUGCCUGAAUUAAUUAAGAUUCAAUCGGUUUUGUUUAAUUCGAAUACAAGUGUAUACGAAAAGUAAGUCUAUAAAUAGUUAGCCGUUCAAUAUUGUAAACAAAAGUAGUGUGCAAAUAAAGCAUACCUAGAUAUACCUUGCGAUGUCGAAUCACAGACAUUCUCACGAUAAUACACGGGGGCCAAAAAAAUAAACCACCUGAACACUCAAAGCGCCCUCCUUUGCACAGCUUUAUAAACCAUAAGUCCAAUUUAUUUUGAGCUGUCCUUAAAACUUAGUUUAUUUGCUUUAAUAUACGAUAUAUAUAUAUAUUAUUAUUGUUAAUCUUUAUACUUUUCAAUGACAAAUAUACGUGUUUGUUAUGUUUUAAUUCAAUAAUCUUAUAUUUUUUCUUAAUUAAUUAUCAAGCAGGGCCCUUAUGGAAAGCAGUUUGUAACUGAUAAGGCCGCAACUAAACAUCAUUUCAACCGGUUCAAGACUGGUUGAGUUAAUUAAACAAAAAUACCGCUUGUUCUUAUUGUCCACGUUGACUGCCGCUAUACGAAAACAAGGGCCGAAAGUUGCAUCCAUGAAAGACGAAACCAAGUAGAGGGCAGAACAGGACAGUUAACAUCUAAGAAGUUAAAAAAAAAACAGUCAUCGUCAAAAUGGAAUAAAAAUGACAAAAUGAAAAAGCGACACUUUUUUAAUUGACCAUUGCUCACUAAAUAUUCUUCCGGUUUAAAUAAUGUUUUCGUUGUUGACAAGCUAUUGAACUUUACUUGUGAAGUACAGUGUGAGUCAGAAAGCGAGGAACCUAAACCCCCCCAAAAAUAUGAUGACUCGGAAGCCAAUUUCAUAUGCUACCUUUAGAUGAACAAAUUCCUGAAAUUGCUCAAUCCUUUCAAAGAAUAUCACCAUUUAAAUGCAAGGAACCUUAAACCCGAUUCGUCAAAAAAAGCAAUUUAUUGUGUAUUCUGACCGUUUGGAACAACAAAGAAAAUGACAAAGAACACUUGUUUCGACAACUGUCAACAAAAUGUAGUACACAUUAUGUUUUUGAACAACCCUGGUUUGGAAAACAAUAUGAUUCAUAAAAUCCACUUUUCAAAAGACGGGCGUUCAAAAGGACUUUGCUGAAUAAUUUUCACUUUUAAACUAAGGUUUUAUCGCUGUUAAUGUUGGAAGACAAUUAUGACGACGAUUCUUGAAAUCGCAUUUUUGGACGAAAGAGAUUUUGGGGUCAUUGUAUUUAAAUGUUGAUAUUCUUUGAAUGGAUUGAGAAAUUUCUGUAUUCUUUUUUCAUCU